GAGACACACAAUAAAGCGCUUAUAUUACAUGGUUGCUAUAGUAACGGACACAUGUCACGAAUCAAAAAACGUAAACACAACUGGUCUUCAUCUACGGUAAACACGAAGUAGACGACUAAAGAAAUAAAAAUUAAAGAACAGUCACUAUUUGCACUAUUUUAAAUGUGGAAUUCCUAAAGAAAAUAAUUAGCUUGGUGAUUAAAUCAACAACGUUACAGGUCAUUCGCAGGUAAAUAAUUUGGCGUCUCUAAUAUCUAAAGAAAGUGCACUUUUUUAUCACUGAAUAGUAAAAAGGAAUAAGUCUGAUACUUGUUUCCUUUUGUUACGAGCAUACGGUCCGCCUGAUGGUCAGCGACCGCUGCAACCAUGAAUUUGUAUUGCGAGAAAAAUAUCGUCUUAUAACUAAGAACUCGUAAAAACGAGUGCCCUUUAAAUGGUCUUGAAGUUAGUGCAACAAUUAGAUAAUAGAGAAAUUAAAAACAGUGUGUUAAGUGCAUAGAUAAAGAACGAGUAUCUGAAAUUAAUACCUACUUAAUCCUAAUCGAUCAAUAACAGUUCAGACAUAGAUUAAAAAUGUCAAUCAAUGGCAAUCAGUGCUCAAUGUCAUUUCGUAUCGUUGGAAAUCUGUCGGAAUCGCCAAAUUUUAAAUAUUUUAAUAAUUGUAUAAACAAAAUAUGAGAAUCAUUUUAAAACUUCUUUUUGUGAAUGAUUAAUGAUAUACCAUAGAUGGAUCAAAGGCAGCUACAAUCCCGAAAUAUAGAAAAAUAUGAUUUGAAACUAAAAUCGAGACCUAAAGAUGGGGUAAUACUACAAUUACACCACACAGUUCGUGAUUCCAAUGGCAAAAAUAGAAGGAUUCGAUUCUCAUCUGGUACAUUCGAUGACCUACACGAGAAACUAGCAUGUGCCGACAACUUGGGUAAUAUUUUCAUUUUGGAUUUCACCGAUCUUAAAUUCUGGAAACUGAGCAGUGUAGGAACUUGUACCGCUUUAUACUUCCUUCCCAAUAAAGAGGACAUUUUAAUUGUUGCUAAUGCCAAAAAAUAUGAUAUAAGCUUUUUGGAUAUAGAUAACGGAGAAACAAAUUUGACUUUGACCGGUCAUACAGCACCUGUAAAACAUAUCUCUUAUUCUAAUAGUAAAUAUAAUAAUUUACUUACUGCCAGUUCUGUAGAAGCUAUAUUAUGGGAACUUCGUAAUUACACUAAAUACUUCACACUUAACACGUAUCUAGAUGCUCAAAUCCAGCAAAUUAUGUUCACACCGGCUGGUGAUUAUCUUGUCGCGUGUUUUCAAAAUGAUACAGUGCAAAUAUGGAAAAAUGAAACUAUGAAAUCUGUGAAGCAGAUUAUACCAAGUGAAUUAAAACAUUUGAAGAAUAUUGCGUUCACAAUGAAUGGUCGAGCUAUGGCUAUGGCUGGUCUCACGCCUAUGCUAAUAUUAUUCAGUAUGGACACAUGGAAAGCUUUAAAAUCAAUAAAUUUAACAAAACACAAUAUAAGUGGGGCUCAGCAAAUAGCUUUUAUACCACAAAUAUUUGAUGGCGGAGCCAAUAAAAUCCUUGCUAUUUUAAGUAGUGAUUGUACUCUUCAUUUAUUAGAUCUGGAAAUAUUAAAUGUUAUACACAGUAUUUGCCCAGAUUCAUCAUGUAUAAAAAGAUUUGUAAUAAGUCCAACCGGAAAAUAUUUCCUUUGUAUUUUACAAUUAGGAGAGGUAAAUAUUUACAACUCAUCAUAUGUCAUGGACUUAGCACAGAAUAUAAGUGAUUUAAAGAAAGAGAAACUAUGUACUUCAAUGCAAAAGUUAGCGAGACAAGAUGUAUCUUCUUCUAAAGCUGAAGUAGAGCAGAAGAUGCGGAUAUGCAUGGAUAGUGUAAGAUUGAGAAGAAUAUUAAUGCAAUACGGCGAAUACCCUGACAAAUUUAGAUCAAUUAUAUGGAGGUCUCUACUUAAUACACCUAGAAAUAGGAAUGCAUAUUCUUCUUUAAUUGAUAAAGGGAUACAUCCAGCUUAUAAAGAUAUCGAGAAACAAUUUACUAUCCAUAGUUCUGUCACGCUUAAAAGUUUGAAAAGAUUGUUAUCUUGCCUUGCACAUUGGUGCCCAUUAUUUGGAGUAAUGAAAUUUCUUCCUGCAUUUGUUUUUCCAUUCGUAAAAGUAUUGCAAAAGGACCCCUUGUUAUUAUUUGAAUGUGUAGCUACAAUAUUAUUAAAUUAUUGCCAACUUUGGUUUGAAUAUGCACCAUUCCCUCCAAUAAGUAUUUUGGCUAUAGUUGAAAAUAUUUUAUCAGAACAUGAUCAGCAACUCUUAGAUCACUUCUGUGAAACUGGUAUCACAAGUCAAACGUAUGCACUCAAGAUAUUAGAGACAGCAUUCAGCGAAGUACUAACUUGUUCUGAAUGGCUGAUUCUCUGGGAUCACAUACUAAGUAAUGAUCCAGCUUUCGUUAUCAUGGCAGUGGUAUCAUACAAUAUAGUUCAAAGAAAUGCAAUUAAAAGAUUAAAAACGCAUGAACAAUUGGAAAAUUUUUUUCGAAUGCAAAAUCCCAUAGACAAAAAACAUUUUUUAAAGAAUGCUUAUGUGUUGUUAAAUGAUACUCCUGAUGACAUCCAUCCAAAGAGAUUUUUUAACACCUUUAUAUCAUUGGAUAAAGGCAACUGUUAUCAACAAUUUACCGGUUACCCAAAAGCAACUAUUUGUAUGAAAUUAGCCAAGAAGAACAGAAAAAUGAAAUUGCAAAAUGACGGAAACACUCUGAAAGAAAUGACUAUAUUAAAUCAAAAAAUACAAAUCAGCGAAAGGUCUAAAAAAGAGAAUAUUCAUAACAAAGAAAAAAUUAACAGUGAAGAUGAAACCUUUCAUAAACUUAUAAAUAAGAACAAUAUGAAAAGUAUACACGAUAUUCAAGAUAACAGAGAUUUAUGUAGGAAACAAAACAUAGAUACUGUAGCAUAUCCUACAACAAUUCACAUACAGCAAAACAAGGAACAUUCAGGUACUAAAUCAAAUAAAAAAGAUAAGGACUAUAUUUGCAAAUAUUCAUCAAGAUCAAAAACAAAGAAAAAGUCUAAUGGUAAAAGGAAUGCCAAUUUAGAAAAAGAAGUAGAGGAAUUGAUUAAAAUAUAUAAAAACUCUGAUUUGUCUGAUUCAUAACUUAAGAUCAAUUGUAUUAUAGCGUAACCAAAAAAUUUUGUUUACGUAAUUAGAUUGUAAAUGAAAGAAUUGUUAAUAAUUUCAAAAACGACUUUAUUAUUUUCUUUACAAACACGUUUUUAAUAAA